AUGACAAAAAUUUUAUAUAUUUUAUUUUUAGUUUAUUGUCUUUUAAUAAUAGUAAAAUCUGAUAUAGAAACGUAUAUUCCAUUAAGUAAUGAUGAAGUAAAAAAUAAAUUUAGUAUUCGUGUCUUGAAAAAAUCUUCUAUAAAAUGCGGUUUAGAAAUUAAUGAUGAAGCAGAAAUAGAAAUGAGGGCAUUUUCUCCUGGAGUUAGUAUUAUGCCUGAAAUAUUAUCAGAUUAUAAAUUUGGCUAUGCUCACCAGAAAUUUAUAGUUGGAGAACAUAAUAUUUCUCUUUUAAAUAAGGGUUUAAGAGGAAUGUGCAUAGGUAUACUAGUUGGAGAUAUAGGGAAAAUAUAUUAUGAAAUAACUUUAAAAGAUUAUAAGAAAAACAAGAGAAAUACAGAACUUUAA